AUGGCUCACAAGAAGGACAAGAAUAGUCUGCAGCUGGAGCGGACCGCGCUGGCUCCAGUGAAUCCUUGUGCUCAGAAUACUGCUCCGCUCUCCAGUCUUCUGGACAGCGGACUGGACGACAUCAAAGUCCCCAGCCUGCAGCCAUUGUCACCUAUCAAAACGCCUUCUGUUGUGCGGAUCACAAUUCAAAAGGACCCUACACAGAGAGCGACGAGCUUGCUCAUAGACCAGCACGUCGACAAUCUGUCUAUUCCCGUGCUGGAACCCCAGAGAGUGAGUCCGCGUUCAAAUUCCACUACCACUAUAACCCAAGUUCGACCUCCAUGGUUAACCCUGCUCGUGCCGUGGGAUGGCACCAUCAAAUGGGCUAUCCGAGGAUCCAGUGUUUUUGAGACUACGGAUGAAGAACUCGACGCGUUGUUAUACCGCCCGAAUAUUGUCAGCAAGGAAUCUCCAACUGAGCUCUGGAUGUUCCAGUUUGGCUUGCGCUAUAUCCCCGCUGAAGGUGACAGAGAUGUACACCGCGCCGUCACUAUUGAGAAUCUACCAUCAGAUGUGACCCUGCAGCAACUCUUACCUCUAAUUACCGGCGAAAUCUACUCAGCGCACUUCCUCGAUACUGUAUCUAUCACGGGGUCAAACACCGCUUUCAUCGUCUUCGUUACCCAGGCAGAUACUGUUGACUUUCUCAAAAAUUCCGGCGGUAGUCUUGCCCUGAGGGCGACACAGGCUAAAGUGACCCUAGUCCCGACUCCAACUUAUCCUAUGGCGGCGAGUAUGGCACGGCUGGUUUUCAAAGAAGGUCAUACGCGGUGUGUCUGCAUAUCUGGUGUGCGAGAUACUCUGAAGGGGGAGAUUCGCCGGGUCUUGGGCCGGUCGCCGUUUUUAGAAUAUCUCGAACGGAUCGAGGACGGACAGGUGCUCGGGGAUGUCUAUGCUCGGUUUCACUCAAUCAAGGGGGCCACUGCCGCCUAUAAGCUUUUGAAGAGCCAUCCGAGCUUCCAAAAGUGUAAACUCCGGUUUCUGGCAGCAAGACCUUUGGCGCGGCAACCUCGAAUCGGAAUCUGGGAUUGAAGAGCAGUCUCGUCUUUCCGCACGUCUGUACAGUAGCUAGCCUUUAUAUCGUUUCAUUACUGGCGUUAAUGGAGAUCUUUCAGCAGU